GUAAGCUUAGCUGGUGAUGAAUUAUCCUUACCAAUUCAUUGUUCACUAGCGAAAAGUGUAAAAGUUACUUUCACAUAUAUUAAGUGUCCUAGGAAAGACAGCUUACUUUAGUUGUAAAUAAAGCUCAGGUUGACCUGCAGGUUAUAAGUUGUCGUCAAACUUAGUAAGGACUAAGUGAUAAAGCUGGGUUCUGGUGAACGGAUCAAUCUUUAAUUAGAAAUGGUUAUGUCAAAGCAUGCUAGAAAACGCAUUGAGGGCUUCAUUAACUUAUCCUGGGGAAAGAACCAUGAAAAACAUUAUGAUGUGGGCAUGCUAGAAAACGUUUACAGUGAACUCUUGAACGAAAAAAAUCCAAUAGAUUUACUUAAGGUUUUGGACGAUUCCUCGUUUUUUGAAAAUUUUUUAUGGCCUGCAGUUACUGAUCAUAUGCCUCUUGUGCAAGUACAGCUAUUAUGUUUAAUGAUAACUCAUAAAGCAAGUUCCAAUCCCUCGAUUUUGAAAGAUUUGGAUUCUUCCAAGUUCAAUGCUCUUUUUGAUCAUGUAAUUCGUAUAUCCUAUAAUGAGAACCUUCAUAAUAGCUUUUGCUUGGUUAGAUUUAUUACCCUGUGCGUUGAAUCCUUGCAUGUAUCACAUGUGAAGAAGCUGAUUUACCCUCUAACCAACAUUUCAAUUCUUGAUUUUCUGGAGUCACAUGAGAAAGUAGAUCGUAUUUUUUCCACUGUGAAAGCCUAUCGAAAAGCUUAUUUGUCUUAUAAGCAAAAAUUACCAGAAAUAUUGCAGCAAAAUCCAAAUCAUACAAUCUAUUCCGGUUGGCUUCAUCAAAUACUCAUGAAAUCUAAUCUAUUGCUACAGGAGAAUACUGAGCAAGCAAAUUUGAAGCCUUUGUUGACAGUGCUCGGGCUUUGUUUGACUUUUCUUUCAGCAUUUCCAACUCGACGCUUUAGUCACUUGGUUAUAACCGAUAGUUGCUUUGACGUUUUUUCACAUACAUCCUUAUUCUACCAUACUUCAACCCUUUUCCAGUCUUUGACGGAUUCUCUAAGGUCUUCUCUCAGGUAUCCUUAUGACAAUGCAAAGGGUAUUGAUCUAUCGGAAAAACAGAUAAUGCAGCGGGAUGAACAAUUAUACCAUUCUUUACAGACUACAUUAUUUACGUUUUAUCAGGAUCGCUUACAGAAUCUAUUAUACUUUCCUCAUAGUUGGUUUCAGAAACGUGAAAAUUUAGAGAAGAUUACCAAUAGCCUGACAUAUGAUGACCUAAAAAGCUUAUGUCAAAAGUGCUAUUUAAGAACAAGUUUUCCUCAAAAAUAUCCUAUCAAAUUGUCUAGCUCAUUCUUGAAAGAGUUAUUUGUCUCAACUUUCGAAAAACAUGAACAGAACCUGUUCCUUAAUUCAACAGAUGAUAUAAUCCAUAUAUCGCUAGAUGACUUAUUUUUUCAAGAACGAAUAUUGACAGAGAGUCAAGAGUUAUCAGUUCCUUUCCGACGCUUUCAAGGGUAUCAAAAUCAAAACCUUUCUAUAUCUACCUUCUUUCAACGAAAUAUGCGUACAUUAUACGAUGAUUUGUGCAAAAAAGUUGCCUCUGAAAUCUCUUUCAUGUGCAAUCAUAGUCCACUAAAAGGGAGCGCUACACACCAAAGCCACAAUACUAUCGUAUCAAUCAAAAGAUGUCGGGUCCAAAAAGUUGCACCUCCGCUUGUCGGUGAAAUAUACCCUCAGUACAUCCAUUGCAAAGUGGAUUUGGACACUGAAAGAAAGAAAGAUAUAUUUACUCUAAUUCAGGAAAACUCAUUUGUUUGUUUGCUUUCAAUUGCUGACUUCAAACAACAAAAAAGGUCUUCCCAAGGCCUUGAAACCUGCACGAAAAUAGCAUUCGGUCGGCCUUUUAAGGAACACGAUGAUUCAGAAGUAAAAGAAGGAAAGGAUAUUAAUUUUAAGAACGUAAAUAUAUAUUUAGACCCUCUUUUUUACUCAAAUAAAGUUGAGAAAGAAGGUUUCAUUCCGGAGACAAUGGACUUUAACUAUAUGAUUACUAUCUCUUCCUCAGUCAAAGAUACUUGGAAUGAAAUUUUAGCGAAUCGUUUACUCUUAAAAAAGACUGGCAAUUUUCCAAGAUGGCUUGUGGACUGUUUUCUUGGGUUUGGUGCCCCAAAUCUUGUCACAUUUCCCAAUGUAGGGAGUAACGAUAUUACCUUUAAGGAUAUAGUCUCUUCUAGAAUGCAACUAGAAAAGUUAUUUACAGAUGCAAUUAUUAAUUUGAAUAAUUUGGCAGAUCCUAUCUCAAUACGUUAUCAACAGGGAAAGACCUUAAUAGAGACGAAGGUAGAUGAGUAUCCUAACACUUCAAUUCCGAAAAAAGCAUCCUUUAAUGAUGAACAAUGCUUCGCAAUCCUUAAUUCUCUGCAGCCCGGUUUAACACUUGUCAAUGGGCCUUCUCAAACUGGAAAGCAUACAUUGGUUUGCAAAAUACUAGAAACGCUCACUAAGAAUUUUCAGGAUAAAAGAUCGCUGGUAAUAUGUAAAUCGAGGGAUUCGUUAAAUAAACUUUUCCAUAUAAUGGAACAGGCUAAUUGCUUUGAUGAAGGGCGUAUAUUAUGUUUGAAUGGACAAAGCAAUGGCAAUGAAUAUAAUUUAUAUGGUACUAUUAAGUACUUGAUUUCUAAACUUCCAUAUCUAUUGACAGAAGUCGAUCGCCUUGCUUCAUCCAUGAAUGCGGUAGGCGCAUAUGGUAGUAACCCUGAAACUGCUUUAUAUUUUUAUGAUGCUUUUGUGAGGCCAGCGUGGAAUAACUUUUACAAAUUGGCUUCUGCGUCUGACGAUCAAACACUUUGGGGUAUCUUCCCUUUUAAAGCAUUUUUUGGAGAGCGCUUAAAUGAAGCACCGGAUAAUACUUCUAGGGUAAUAGACAAGGCAAUGUUAUUUUAUUCUGAAAUCACGCAUUUGUUUAUGACAAUCCGUGACGUACAGCCUUAUACUUUCUUUAAGCGUCCAGUGGAUUGUGAAGUUUAUGCUCUGUGUCAACAAGCGAAUAUCAUCGGUUCGACUUGGAAGGAAAUAUUGAAACAUCUUCCAGUAUUAUCUGAAAAAGGAUUUUCAUUCAGUAAUCUUAUCGUUUUGGAUUCUGAAAGUAUUUCGGAAUAUACCAUUGUUAAAUUGCUUACUUGUAAUGAAAGCAAAUCUGGUUUACAAAGGCUAGUUUGUAUUGGCGAUGAUAAAACAAGUUCAUACUCGAAUUCCAAACUUUGGGACACUCAAAAUUCUUCUUUUUCGGAAAAACUUCGACAAUUUGGGGUUUUUUGUUACCAGUUGAAAACGAAGUAUAAUAUACGUAAACCGAUCGGUGAACUAAUAGACUGGCAGUACAAUACUCAAUUUCAGUAUGUAGAUACAACUGAUACUAAUGUUUGCUUAUAUGGGAAUUCAGGAUUUGUAAACGAAUACCAAUUUAUUGAUGUUGGCCCGUUCAAAGGAGCGAAAGAAAAUGAAGUGAAAAAAGGAAACAAGCAAAACCUUGGAGAAGCCGAAUAUGCAGUAGCCAUAUACCAAUACAUGAGAAUGCUCGGUUAUCCCGCAGAUGAAAUUGGAAUUUGUACUCUCCAUGAAAGUCAGGUACCUUUACUGCGAGAAAUUUUGAACGUACGCUGUUCGAACAACUCCUUAUUUGGUUUGCCUUUAUUCGUUAAAUCGGUAAAAAAUUUGAAAGAGCAUGUAAAAUACAUGAUUUUCACAACAGUCUCGUCUGAGACUAUUCCAAAGGAAUGGUCCUUAGGAGCUUUUACAAAGGCUAUAUCUUGCUCUCGAUAUGGAUUAUAUGUUCUUUGCUGCAGAGAACUAUUAGAAAAGGCUGUCCAUUUGGGCCCUCUUCGUGAUAAAGCAUUAGCUACACCAGAAAAAUUGCUUUUGACUACGGGAGAAUUAUACCCCAAGUCACACAAAAUUGAAGACGACGUUGAGAAGUUUGAAAUUGAAGAUUUAAUGCAUCUUUCAAGUUACGUGGUUGAAAUGACAAAGAAGAAACUUCAGAUUAUGAAUUCAUAGAAUCAACAAUGUUUACUAUACCAGAGUUAGGUUCAAUUCAAUUCAAAAAUAAAGUAUUCCUUAUCUUUUUU